AUGGAGAGUGACAACCUGUCCUACCUGUCCAAGGCUUUUCUCCCUAUUGGAGGUAGAAAGAAGUGCAUGAGCUUGAGUCUGCCCCACAGCGUCAAGGUGAGCCUGUCUCUGUUGGGGCCGGGCCGGGUGGGUGGUGGAGGCUCUCCCAACUCCAAGGUGGGCUACUGCGGUGGUGGAGGGGUGCCUGUGGAGGACAUGCAGGCCCUGGCCAUUACCUCCCUGCCGGGUGCAGACGUAGCAAAACACUACGAGCACAUCCGCGAGCUGGGCAAGGGCACCUAUGGCAAGGUGGACCUGGUGGCACACCGCACACAGGGCACCAAAAUGGCUCUGAAGUUUGUGACCAAGAGCAAGACGAAGCUGAAGAGCUUCCUGAGGGAGUACAGCCUGACGGGAACACUGAGCUGCAGCCCAUUUAUCAUCAAAGUCCUGGACGUACUCUUCGAGACCGAGGAUAGCUACGUCUUUGGACAGGAGUAUGCCCCCGCUGGAGACCUGUUCGACAUCAUUCCUCCCCAGGUGGGUCUUCCGGAGGAGAUGGUGAAGCGCUGUAUGCAGCAGCUGGGUCUGGCUCUGGACUUCAUGCACAGCAAGAACCUGGUUCACCGUGACGUCAAGCCCGAAAACGUGCUCCUCUUCGACCGCGAGUGCCGACGCGUCAAGCUGGCUGACUUCGGCAUGACGCGGAGAGUGGGCUGCCGGGUGAAGCGCGUGAGUGGCACCAUCCCGUACACGGCGCCGGAGGUGUGCCGCGCCAGUCGUGCCGAAGGCUUCCUGGUGACCACCAGUCUGGACAUCUGGGCGUUCGGAGUGCUUGUCUUCUGCAUGCUGACCGGUAACUUCCCCUGGGAGGCAGCGCUGCCUACUGACGCAUUCUAUGAGGAGUUCCGGCGCUGGCAGCGGGCGGGGUGUCCCACGGCGGCCUACCCAUCCCAGUGGCGCCGCUUCACUGACGACGCCCUGCGCAUGUUCAAGCGGCUGCUAGCUGCCGAACCUGAGAAGCGAUGCGGCGUGAAGGACGUCUUCUGCUUUGUCAAGUACGAGCUGGUCAGCGAGCUCCGACGCCGUGCCUCCUGCCGAGCCAAGCGAGGCGAGAGGUCCAGUUCAUCUGGUGUAUGCCCUGCAGGCUGCACCUCAACCUCUUUGUCCUCCUCCUCAUUGCGUUCCCACAGACACCCAGAGCCCUCCACUCCCCCAGGAACGACCUCCCUCUUGCGCCCAGCGCCCCUGAAGAGGAGCAUCCUCUCUGACCCCCACUCCCCUCAGGAGGAGUCUCCUGGCCAGCACCACUCUUCUCUGGGUCGAGAGAAGACCAAGGGCCAGAUGGUGAUGGCUACUGCCAUAGAGAUCUGUGUCUGA